AGUGCUCAGCUCUCUUGGACACUGAGCUGCAGCGUUUGUAGGCUACCUCUACAGCGGGAUUGGGAAAGCCGUCAAGCCGCUGGAUAAGCAUUUUUAAACAACGAGGAAACACGGCGCGGCAUUUCUUUUCACUGUUAUUUUUCAGACGGGGUCUCUCACCAUGGGUAAUGGCAUCAAUAAGGUCCUGCCUGACUUGUACUUGGGGAAUUUCAAAGAUGCGAGAGACAGAGAACAGCUAGCCAGAAACAACAUCACACACAUCCUGUCCAUCCAUGACAGCGCGGCUCCCAUCCUCCCGGAGAUGACCUAUCUCUGCAUUUCAGCUGCUGACCUGCCCACACAAAACCUGACUCAGCACUUUAAACAAAGUAUAAUGUUCAUGCACGAGUCCCGCCUGAAAGGAGAAGGCUGCCUUGUUCACUGUUUGGCAGGUGUGUCCCGCAGUGUCACUCUGGUAGUAGCUUACAUCAUGACGGUGACAGGACUGGGCUGGCAGGAGGCACUGGCUGCUGUGAAGGUGGUCCGGCCCUGUGCUGGCCCAAACCUGGGCUUUCAGCGCCAGCUCCAAGAAUUUGAGGCUACUCAAGCUGAUCAGUUUAGAGAAUGGCUACAGAUGGAAUAUAAGGGCAAUCCCUUCACUGACGAGGCUGAUAUACGUGACUUGCUUGCCAGAAAAGUCAGUGGUAAGGAGGUGGAAAACCAUGCAUCUACCCCACCUGGAGGUAUCUGAUCAGAUCUUUCGAUGAGAUAUUUUGCAGCUGAGCCUGGAGGAUUACACCACCGUGUGAUGCUACAGUAUUCUUGACCUCUCAGGAAGUCUGAUGUGCUUUGGAAUGGACUAGUGUCAGGAUGUUAAUCUCCGCUGGAAUGAUCCUCUAAAUAUCAUGGACAUGAACUCCCGAAGAGACAAUUAAUAUGUACAACACAUACAUUUUUAGCU